UCGGAUGUCGGUUAAAUAAUACAAAGAAUUCGAUCUCUCUUUAAAUUCUCUCUCUUGCCCUUUCCUCUUCCUGUGCAUCUCUUUUUGUCUCUUCUCCUUCUUCCUUUCUUCCCCUCUUUCUUCUAUUUCCUUCCCCCUUUCCUCUGUUUUCUGUUUUGGGUUGCGGCUCUGCCACAACAAUUGGUGUCAGAUCAACAAGAUCCAACGAUCGCAGAGUUUGCGAAUUUGAAGUUGGCGAAGAAAAAGCAAAACAUGGAGGACCCUAGGAUCCAGAUUCUUGCGGACCACUUGCAAUCUUUGGAGCAGAGGUUUCAAGAUGUGAAACAAGAAAUGCGUAAUCUCAAUCAGGAAAUGCAUUUCAAGUUUGAGAGUUGUACAAAGAGGUUGGAGGACUUGAUAAUGGAGAAGAACCGAAAAAGUCGAGAAGAAUUGAAUUGCAAAUUUGAUCAAUUGUUGGAGAUGACUGGAGCUUCGCAGUCGAGGAGAAAGGAACCUGUGCUUCCAACUGUUCCUCAGCUCAAGGAAAUGGAGACUUUUCUCUUCACCUCUGAAUCUGUGAACGAGGGCCACCCUGACAAACUCUGUGACCAGAUCUCUGAUGCCGUGCUAGAUGCCUGUCUUGAGCAGGAUCCUGACAGCAAGGUUUCCUGUGACACGUGCACAAAGACCAACAUGGUAAUGGUCUUGGGAGAUAUUACCACCAAGGCCAAGGUAGACUAUGAGAAGAUAGUUCGUGAGGCAUGUCGCGCCAUUGGAUUUGUUUCAGAUGAUGUUGGUCUUGAUGCUGACAAAUGCAAGGUCCUAGUAAACAUUGAGCAGCGGUUCCCUGAUAUUACUCAGUGUGUUGGUGGCCAUUUCACCAAGCGUCCAGAAGAGAUUGGUGCUGGUGACCAAGGCCAUGUUUUUGGUUAUGCCACUGAUGAGACCCCUGAGUAUAUGCCAUUGAGCCAUGUUCUUGCCACCAAGCUUGGGGCUCGACUUACUGAGGUUAGGAAGAAUGGCAUCUGCCCAUGGGUAAGACCUGAUGGCAAGACGCAGGUUACUGUUGAGUACUACAAGGAAAAUGGUGCCAUGGUCCCAGUCCGUGUCCACACUGCCCUCAUCUCCACCCAGCAUGAUGAAACUGUCACAAACGACGAGAUUGCCGCUGACCUCAAGGAACAUGUCAUAAAACCUGUCAUCCCUGAGAAGUACCUUGAUGAGAAGACCAUCUUCCACCUUAACCCAUCUGGGCGUUUUGUCAUUGGUGGUCCACACGGUGAUGCAGGACUAACUGGACGCAAGAUCAUAGUAGACACCUAUGGUGGCUGGGGGGCCCAUGGUGGUGGUGCUUUUUCAGGGAAGGACCCAACAAAGGUGGACAGGAGUGGUGCUUAUAUGGUUAGGCAGGCGGCCAAGAGUCUUGUAGCAAAUGGUCUUGCUCGCAGGUGUAUCGUGCAGGUCUCCUAUGCCAUUGCUUUGCCUGAGCCUUUGUCCGUCUUUGUGGACACCUACGGAACUGGAAAGAUUCCUGACAAAGAGAUUCUCAGGAUUGUGGAAGAGAACUUCGACUUUAGACCUGAAAUGAUGACCAUCAACCUAGACCUCAAGAGGGGAGGCAACAGGUUCUUGAAGACAGCUGCAUAUGGACACUUUGGAAGGGAUGACCCAGACUUCACCUGGGAGGUUGUCAAGCCCCUCAAGUGGGAUAAGCCUCAAGCUUAAUAGUGAUUUAUCCUAUCCAUGCUGUCAAUGCUUGCUUGGCUGGUAGUUGAUGAAUAAUUUGGCUUGUUUUUUUACUGCUGCGCUACAAAUAUGAAAGAAUCUGCAAUGGUCUAAAUCUCAUACAUAAGAUGUCCUAUUCAAUUUU